CGGUGUCCAGCCGACACGUCGCGUGCCCGCGACGCCAAGACUUGCCCACGUCCCUACUAAAUCACUCAUUAUAGAUGCUAAACACUAACGUAAAAACAUAAGCAUGUCGUAGUAGUCUCGUAUGUUCAUACUGUCUGCUCCAAUGCAGUGGCACCAAUGAAAACAUUUUACCCAGGUCGAAAAGUCGCUCAGUCGACCAUGGCUUCGCUGCCCCCUUUGAUCUGGAAUCCCUUCGUUCCAAAGUGGAUGGAAGAUUUGACGCUGUUAACAAAGAUGAAGACGAGCAAACCAAGAGGCUUCCUCCCCCGCCACCGAUUAAAACAAUGACUUAUACGGUCCGUGAUCGAGACACGCUAACGUCGGUGGCCGCGCGGUUCGACACGACGCCCUCCGAGCUCACGAAGCUCAAUCGCCUCGCCACGCAGUUCAUCUUCCCCGGGCAGACCCUGCUCGUGCCCGACAAGAGGAAAGAUGGAGAUAAGGAUUCGGAUGGACCGUCUGAGAGCGGAGAUAAUACAUCCGAAUCGACGCAAGGUGCUCCGAGCGAACCAGCACAGGAAAAAGAGAUCCUUGACAGUCUUCGGCCCGUGUCGCCCGAGGCGCCGGCCAGCAGCGCGCCGCAGCGCUUCCUCAAGAUCAACGUGCGGCACAUCACCGAUGGACAGGGCGUGGUGUCCGGUGUGCUGCUCGUGACACCGAACGCGGUGAUGUUCGACCCGAACGUGUCCGACACGCUGGUGAUGGAGCACGGGCCAGAGUCGUACGGUGUGAUAGCGCCCAUGGAGUACGUGGUCAACGCGGCCAUCUUUUACGAUAUAGCGCACAUGCGUACGCAUGGACCCGACCACAAUGUGCACAAAGUAGAGCAAGCUGAAAUUUACUAUAUGAAUAAAGCGGAACACUCACCCGGAAAAGAUUCCCUUCUAGUCAAAGUAAGUAAAGCGACAUUACCAAAUAAUGUUAAUUAUAAUUAA